GCGGCUGGGCGUUCCACAGGCCAAGUGCUCUGUGCUCGAGGGGUGCCGAAUAGGCCCGAGUGAGCAAGCGAGCAGUCAGGCAGCUCUGAGGGGGCGCGGCCGCAGCCGGACAGGAGCAGCGAAGGAGACGUGGAAGCCGUCCACCACCAGACAGCCAGCACAGCAGCGAUGGAACGCCUGGUCACCGGUGAGACCUUUCCCGCACUGGUGCGCACUAGCGCCUGCCGUAGCCUCUUCGGGCCUGUGGACCAUGAGGAGCUGGGCCGCGAGCUGCAGAUGCGCCUGGCGGAGCUGAACGCCGAGGACCAGAACCGCUGGGACUUCAACUUCCAGCAGGACGUGCCACUGCGGGGCCCUGGGCGCCUGCAGUGGACCGAGGUGGACAGCGAGUCCGUGCCUGCCUUCUACCGCGAGACGGUGCAGGUGGGGCGCUGUCGCCUGCUGCUGGCGCCCCGGCCCCCCCCGGUGGCCGUGGCUGUCAUCCCGUCCCCCGAGCCGCCGGCCACUGAGUCCGACGACGGCCCCGAGGAGGCGCCUGAGCAGCCACCUAGCGCCCCGAUCGCGGCGCCCACCCCGCCCCCGGCCCCGGCCCCGGCCCCGGCCCCAGUCCCGGCCCCGGCCCCGGCCCCGGCCCCGACUCCAGCUCCGGCCACGGUCUCGGCCUCAGACCUGGCCUCUGACGCCGACCCGGACCCGGACGCGGCGCCUCAGGACAACGCCGAGCAGGACGCGAACCAGGCGCAGCGCAGCCAGGAGCCGCUCGCUGACCAGAUGCACUCGGGGAUUCCGGGACGUCCCGCGGCCGGCGCCGCUGCCGCCGGAGCCAACAGCGCGGCGAUCAAGAAGCUGUCGGGGCCUCUCAUCUCCGAUUUCUUCGCCAAGCGCAAGAGAUCUGCGCCUGAGAACAAGUCGUCGGGCGAUGUCCCUGCGGGGUGUCCCUCUGCUAGCGCGGCUCCUGGGGUGGGCGCCGUGGAGCAGACCCCGCGCAAGCGUCUGCGAUGAGUUAGUUUAGAGACCUGAGUGCCUGAGAGAGUUCCUGGGCGGCGGACGGAGGAAGAGAGCUGGGCCUCGGCUGGGACCGUACAUGUAGCAGCAACCCGCGGCGGCUGCCGCAGAGCAGCCUUCGGUGUCGUGUUUAAAAAUCUGAAACUUGUGCAAUGUGUAAUGACGUCUCUAUAUCGAAAUGUAUUCUGCACAGGAGUA